UGCGUAAAAGCAAUCGCAAGUGCGCAUCAUCGGAUACGCAACGGUGCUAUGCAACUAAUGCUGACGACACGAUCCGCAUCCAUUUCGGCAAGAAGUCCACUCAGAAGCACGUUCGAUACAGCAAAACGAGCACAGUCUCGUCUCUAUCCACCAAUAUCACCACGUCCACCACCAACUACUAUAAUAAAACCAAGAGCAAACUCCCCUCAAACGAUCACCACCACUACCCUCUCCUUUCCCAUUCCACUACAAAUCAUAAAACUGCUACUACAAGCUCAUCGAUCAGCAGCAGCAGCAGCACCACUCUAA